AUGCUAAUCGUGCUUUUAUCACUUGUCCUUGGUUGUGUUUCUGCCAAAAGCCUAGCACCAGAAAUCCAAAAGUGCCGAAAAUCAGACCCACAACUCGGCGAAUGUUUGGCCAAAACGGUCUUUGACUCAAUACUUAGGUUUAAACAAGGGUACAACGAACUGGGAAUUGUUCCUCUGGAACCUCUUGUUAUACAAAAACUGGAAUUUGGAAAUUCCAGUUCUGGAGCAGUUGCUGUACAACAUGUGUACGAAAAUUUGAAGCUGUUUGGAAUCACGACUUUCACUAUAUACGACUCCGUGGCCAAUUUCAGUGACGAAAACUGCUACUGGCGGCUCAAAAGCUACGGAAAUCUUGUCCGGAUGGAAGCUGACUAUAAAAUGAGUGGGAAACUGCUGCUUUUUCCUAUAAAUGGGCACGGAAAAUGUAACAAUACUCUGUAUGAAUGCGAAGCUAUGUACAACACAAGGUGCGAAAAGUACACAAAAAACAAUAAAAAAUACAUACGGAUCACAGAUUUUGUGUUCAAACUAAAACCAAAAAAGGUUGUUUUUGAUUUUAAGAAUCUGGUCGAUGGGAAUGAAUACUUGAGUAAUGAAGUUCUAAAGACUGCCAACGAAAAUCCUAUGCAAGUGUAUGCAGAUGUGGGUCCAGCUUUUGAUGAAGCCAUAGCGAAGAUCGAAAAGGAAAUUGUCAAUCGAGUGUUUUCUAGAGUACCAGAGGAUGAGUUGUUUUUGCCAUAG